CCUGCCCCUUUUCCCUGGACUCUGAGGAGGUGACCCCACCCCGGGGCGGGGGCUGUAGUGCAGCUGGAGCGGGACAUUCCCGGUGCCAUCCAGCGACGACCUCCCGGGAGGUCCCCAUUGUCGCGGUUACCAGGAGGCAGAGUCUCAUUCCACCGGCACAUUCCAAAACUUGAGGGCCUGCUGUGAAGGCCCCCGCAUGUCCAGCCAUGGAGUAGGGCCGUACCCCGUGCAAUUCCUGGCUCCAAGGGGGCCACUCCCAGAGCUAGGAUGCCGUCCCUGCCGCAGGACUCACCCGCCGCGGGACUGGGGACGGGGUUCCCAAUGGUGAGGGGCUCCCCCUCUGAGCUCAUGGGCUUUUAUAUCACCAGCUACGAGGCGGCCUUUGGGAAGAGGCCCACGGGGUCACCCCAAAAGUUCGAGGGGGGGCGAGUUUUGGGGAUUGAACCCCCCAGUGACAGCAGUGUGCACCCCCUCCUCGGCGUCCACACCGGCUCGGGAUACGUCACCAACAACUAUGCGGCUGUCUCAUCCCUCAUCUCCCCGUAUGUGAAGCGCCAGGACACUGAUGUGUCCACCACCUCUGAGGACUUCAAGGUCUUCGGACGCCCGGAUUACCAAAGGAUCUUGCCCACGUGUGUGGAUGAGCUGGAGUGUCGGUAUCCUGCUGGUUUCUCCUUUUCCCGCCUCCGUUUCAGGGAGGUGAGAGCCCCAAAAGCAUCCAGGGAGUACGGCAACUGGAGUGCCUGCACCAGUCCUGCCCAGCCAGAUGUCCCACAAAAGGCGACGGAGCUGUCAGGCUUCACCAGGACCGCCCCGAGGAGUGACCUCACCCUGCCAGAGAAGCCCGUGAGCCCUGUUCCCAUCAUGUCACCUAUCUCCCCACCCCUCAGCACCCCAGGGGACACUUUUCCUCUUCCACAGCCUGAUGUUGGUGAUGGUCAGAUGGAUUCCUUGCCUGCUGUAUGCAGCACUCCCCAGCCUGCCAUGGGCCACCCAGCCCUCUUCAGCCCCCCAGAGCUCCAAGUGGCACCCAAGGGAGUCACUACCAAGAAGGAUCCGCUGACGUACGGCACUGUCCACAACAAGUACCUGACCAAGCUCUCACCACUGGCCCCCAUAGCACCAGGUGAGUUUGGGAGGAUUUCAGCCCCCAGGAGGAGUGGAUACCCGCCUCACCAAUCCCUCCUGGAUUUUCCAGGCUGGUGGGCACAGACUCCAAUCACCUGGGCACCAAGAUCUGUGGAGGGCAUCCAGAUCCCAAGUCCCAGCGGCUUCAGCACCAACAACCACCCCACCAACCUGUGGCACAUCAAUGAACCCCUGAUGUGACACCUCCCCCCCGUCCAAAAAAAAAGUGCUGCUGCAUCCAGGGAUUCGCCUUCCUCGGCUUUUCCCAAAUCUCUGUGGG